UCCUACUGAGAUGGGAAAAAUCAUCAUUUAUGAGCAUGUCAACUUCCAGGGAUUGUCCAGAGAAUUCUCCACUGACACUCCCAACCUGUCAGCCGUGGGUUGGAAUGAUAUUGUCUCCUCAGUGAAAGUAAUUGGCCAGCCUUGGGUGGCUUAUGAGCAUGUCCAGUAUAAGGGUCAGUUUCUGGUGUUUGAGGAGGGAGAAUAUGAGUAUGUUGGUAAAGAGAUGAAUGACAAGAUCAGCUCUCUGCAGCUGAUCACAGAAGACCUGCACAACCCCCAGAUCACUCUCUAUGAACACGUUAAUUAUCAAGGGAGAAGCAGAAUAGUAAGAGAAGCGACUGAUCUGGCUGGGGGAGAAGAUAACGACAUCGUGUCUUCUCACAAAGUGCAGAGAGGUGUCUGGCUGCUGUGUGAAAACAGCAAUGGAAGUGGGAUUCAAUACCUGGCCCGAGAACAUGUAGAUGUCCCCAAUUACAAGGAAAUUGGCUUCAAUGACAUGCUUUCCUUCCUGCGUCCUCUUCGCCCUGGCCGUGGCUCUUAGACUGCAGAUCCUGUGACCCUGAGGGAAGAUGCAGAACCUGCAAGGAAUCUGAGAGCUUGA